CCCUACCGUGCCAAUGGUGUUCAUAUUUUCCAAGACAAUACCCAAUAUCUCCCGCUCCUCGCGGCUUUGCCGACGAUGCAUUUCUACUUCUCCCAUGUUUUCGAAUUCAGUAAUUCGUGCAUCCUCUGCCAUUACUCCUGCGCGUACGAGAUUUGCUCCGUCCCCUACCGGUUAUUUGCACCUGGGUAGCUUAAGAACCGCUUUGUUUAAUUAUCUGCUCGCUAAAGGAACUGGGGGUCAGUUCUUGCUCCGGAUUGAGGAUACUGACAAGAAAAGAACUGUGGAGGGAGCUGAAGAAGGUAUUUUUGAUACUUUAAGGUGGGCCGGAUUGCAAUGGGAUGAAGGACCCUUGGUCGGAGGAGAAUUCGGCCCCUAUCGACAGUCAGAGCGCACGGAACUUCACAGGAAGCAUGUCGAUAUUUUACUCGAGGAGGGUCAUGCCUAUCGAUGUUACUGCGCUCCCCAACGGCUGGAGGCCUUAGCUUUGACCCGAAAGCAUAGUGGGCAAUCCACUGACUACGACCGUCAUUGCCUCAACUCUCCGCCAACGGCCUCGGCCGCGGAGCCACAUGUGGUCCGUCUCAAGGCCCCUGUUCAAUAUCCGGCUUACCAUGAUCUGGUCUACGGCACAAUAACUCCGGGGGCUCAGAGUCACGACCACGCAAUCGGUGCCUUCGAAGAUCCGAUCCUAUUAAAAUCUGACGGUAUGCCGACAUAUCACCUCGCAAAUGUGGUAGACGAUCACUUUAUGAAUAUAACGCAUGUCCUAAGAGCUACGGAGUGGAUGCCAUCUACGCCUAAACAUGUACAUUUAUAUAGCUGUUUUGGUUGGAAGCCGCCAAAGUUCGUACAUGUAGGGCUGCUACAGGAUACACAGGGGAAGAAGUUAAGCAAGAGAACUGGGGACGUAUUUAUUUCCGAGUUCCGGGAAAAGGGGUAUCUACCAGAGGCUCUUAAUAAUUUUGUUGCUUUAAUGGGCUGGAGCCAUGCUGGCGAGAGCGAUAUUCUAGAUAUACAGAAGCUAGUAGAGCAAUUCAGCAUCGACGGAUUAACAACGGGUAAUACCAAAGUUGAAUUUGGGAAGCUCGACUAUUUGCAGAAACAAUAUGCUCGGAAUCGGGUGAUGGGAGGAUCGGGUGAUAAGGAAAUCCUAGACGCGGUAGAAGCCCAGGUUCGCAAGAGAUUUGGAGAAAAGUAUUUACCUUACUUGCAAAAACUUCAAAUUUCUCUUUUCGUUUGA